AUUCAAAUCAACCUUUUUUCCCCGCUUAAUUGUUACUAUGUGAAGUUAUUCCAACACUUGUUCCCCAAGAAACCUCCAUUCCAUUUCCCGCCAAAUUUCUAAAGAGGAAAAAAUUACAUAAAAAAUCUACGUAGCUUCUUCGUCUGUGUACAUUAUCUAAGUAGAAGUAAGCAGUCACAAUGAGUAAUGAUAACGAUACGCUCAAGGACGAGGAAGGAGAGCCACUGGUUAACUUUGAUGAGGAUUUCCAAUCCGAUCAGGAGCAAUAUGGCAACCUGCUUGAUAAUCUCGAUGAUGAUGAUGCAUGGAAUCAGAGGCAGCGAGGGCGCUCUCCAACUCCCCUGUAUAACACAUCCGAUCACAAAUUGAAGCCCAGGAAGCGGUUGAUCAAGAAGUCGUCAGUGAGAGAGAGUACACCUGGUUUUGGGAUCAGGGAUGACGAUGCUUAUGGUGGUUUCACUGAUGAUGACAUGACCAGGAUUGUGGGUGAUGAGUCUGAUGGCGGUGGUCCUUCACCAUCUCCCAGAGGCGGUGGGAAGAGGAAGAUGUCUGGGAAGGAUAGAAGUGGAGAGAAGAGAAAAGAGAAAGGUGAAAAGAAGUUUAACCCAAGGAAGAAUGGGGGUUACUCCGGGGGAAGUAGGUUGAGGGAUCAGGAGAUGAAGGACAUGUGGGACACCGUUGCCGGUGGUUACUCUGAGGAUGACCGUGAAGGUGGCAAGACAGUGGAUGAUGAUAACUUCAUUGAUGAUAGUGGUUUGGAUCCAGCUGACAGGUAUGCGAGCGACGAUGAACCAAGAUCUACAAGCAGAGCUCUACAGGCUGAAGGAGAAGAGGACGAGGAAAUCAAGCUUCUCUUUAGGGGUGGCAAGAAGAGAAAGAAAAAUGAAAAAAGUGCAGCAGAAAUUGCAUUGCAGGUAGAAAGAGUCAUGGCCGAUCUUGAAGUUGCCGCUGAAGAAGAUGCACUACUGAAUAGUCGGUCAAAACCUGCUAUAAAUAAACUUAAAAAGCUUCCUCAACUUGUAGAAGUUUUAUCAAAGAAACAAUUUCAGCAAGAAUUUUUAGAGCAUGGAGUGUUGACACUUUUAAAGAUUUGGCUUGAACCCCUUCCAGAUGGAAGUUUACCCAAUACAAAUAUCCGUUCUGCAAUCCUAAAGAUCCUUACCGAUUAUCCUAUUGAUCUAGAGCUAAUUGAUAGAAGAGAGGUGCUGAAAAAGAGUGGUCUUGGAAAGGUUAUUAUGUUUCUGUCGAAGUCAGAUGAGGAGAUUACACCAAACCGUAAACUUGCUAAGGAUUUGGUUGACAAAUGGAGUCGACCAAUAUUCAACAAGAGCACAAGGUUUGAUGACAUGAGAAACUAUGACGAUAAAACAGCUGCCCAGUACAGACGGCCAUCCAUGAAAAGGUCUGUCAGUGAAGAUUCAGGAAUGGAGUCUAGAGACGAUGACCUUGACUUGGUUGGAUUUGCACAGGGCAAAAAGUCUGGUCAGUCAUCUUCCAGGCAGCUUACGACAAGGCCUGAAGCAAUGUCAAUGGAUUUUGUGGUGCGGCCUCAAUCCAAGAUUGAUCCUGAAGAAGUUAGGGCGAGGGCUAACACAAUGUUUCUGGACCAGCGCCGACAGAAGAUGAAUAAGAAACUGCAGCAACUAAAAGCUCCAAAAAAGAAGGGACUCCAAGCUACCAAACUCAGCGUGGAGGGUCGUGGCAUGUUGAAGUACCUGUAAUGGCAUAUGGUUCGCGUACUUACAAUAGCACGAUGGCUCAAUCUCCCACAGUUUUCGUGCAUUAGUAAGAUGACUGCUUCAACGCUCGCAGUAUAUGUGAAAUGUACCCGUUCUCAGUGAUCAGUUUUCUUGUGUUGCGUCCGCGCUAACUUCUAAUCUUCCAUGCUAUUAUGCUGGUCAGUGAGAACCAAAAACCAAAAGAUAGGAAAGGUAGCUGAGAUCAUUUUGAUUUUCAUUCACAUUUGCUGAUAUGAUUGGAGUAACUGGUAAAGUUGCUGCCAUGUGACCGGAAGGUCAUAGCCUCAUAGGUUCAAUCCUUGGAAACAACCUUUGGCAGAAAUGCAAGGUAAGACUGCGUACAGUUGUACAUCCUUGUGGUGGGGCCCUUCCCCGGACCCUACGCAUAGCGGGAGCUUUAGUGCACCAGACUACCUUUUUUAUUCACAUUUGCAGCAAACUUCUCAUGUAAUACUUUCGAUGUUCACAUUAAACCAAUGAAUACUUGACACAUGUCUUCUACAUACAGUUUAGUCACUUAACCAUAGGUUAUAUUAACAUGUAUUCUUAUCUUAAUCUUUCUCGUAAUCAUGACAAAGUUAUAUGGUUUGAUUUAAACACGAGGUGUAGUUAAGUUAUAUGGAGUUGUAUUCUUUGGUCGAUUGGCUCGAACAAAAAUUAUUUUGAGAUAAUA